UCUUAAAAAAAAAUCUUCCCGUUUCUCGCCGUUGAGAGCUCGCAGAGUGCAACUCCCAGGAAGACUUCUUGUUCUUGUUCGUCUUAAACACCAACUACCGCCAACUCCAUCUACAGCCUCAAAUUUCCUCUUCGGUUUCUUUGUAAGGUUUCUAAGAUGAGUGACGAUUUAAUCGAGAAGGUGAGUGCUUUUGGUGAACGCCUCAAGAUUGGAGGUGCGGAGAUGGGUCGAAAAAUGAGUGCUGGGAUGACUUCUAUGAGCUUCAAGAUGAAAGAACUUUUUCAAGGUCCGAAUCAGGCAGAUAAAAUUGUUGAGGAAGCUACUGCAGAGACGCUUGAGGAACCCGAUUGGGCUAUGAACCUUGAAAUAUGCGACAUGAUAAAUCAUGAAAAGAUCAGUAGCGUCGAAUUGGUUCGUGGGAUAAAGAAGAGGAUUGUGGUGAAGAAUGCUAGGGUUCAGUAUUUGGCCUUGGUGUUACUCGAAACAUGCGUCAAGAAUUGCGAGAAGGCGUUCUCCGAAGUGGCAUCUGAGAGGGUUCUUGACGAGAUGGUGAGGCUGAUUGAUGAUCCUCAGACUGUUGUUAACAACCGCAAUAAGGCUUUGAUCCUGAUUGAAGCUUGGGGUGAAUCAAGCAGUGAGCUACGAUAUUUGCCUGUUUAUGAAGAAACAUACAAGAGCUUAAAAUCAAGGGGCAUCCGGUUCCCUGGUCGUGAUGAUGAGAGUUUGGUACCUAUCUUCACCCCUCCUCGUUCCAUUUCAGCACCAGAAGGGGAUGUCAAUCUGGCAGAGCAUACUCAUCAAGAGGUUGUUGUAGAAGGCUUUACUGCUGAGCAGACUAAGGAAGCUUUUGAUGUGGCAAGGAAUAGCAUCGAACUUCUCACUACAGUUUUAUCUUCGUCUCCUGGACAAGAUGCUUUGAAGGAUGAUUUGACUAGUACGCUUGUCCAGCAGUGUCGGCAGUGUCAGUCGACUGUCCAAAGGAUCAUUGAGACGGCAGGGGAAGAUGAGGCCUUGCUCUUUGAAGCUUUGAAUGUUAACGAUGAGAUUCUGAAAGCUCUGUCCAAGUAUGAAGACAUGGAGAGGCCAUCAGUGGUCCCUUCCGCACCAGAACCUGCUAUGAUCCCAGUUGCAGUCGAGGCUGAUGACUCCCCAACUCAUGUAAAAGAAGCAGAUGCAUUGAUCAGAAAGCCAGCAGGUUCACGGGCCGGGACACAUGGUGAGGGGAGCAAGGAUGACAUGAUGGACGAUCUCGACGAAAUGAUAUUUGGGAAGAAAGGCGGCUCCAGCACAUCAUCUGAAGACCCAAAGAAGCAACCUUCGUCGUCAUCCAAGGAUGAUCUCAUCAGUUUCUAAGUGCUCGCGUAAAGCUUUCGAGGAUGAUCCUUUUUCCAGGGUAUUGAAACACAGAACCGUCCUAUGUUUGAGUUUGAGUCUCUGUGAUUAGACAUGGUUUAGGGAAUGGUGAUUUCACUGUAGUCGUCGUUAUAAAGAUUCACUCUAAUCUGUUGCAUGACAUUGGCAGAACCCCCGGCUGUAUUUGAAGAGUAGGCUAAUAGUGCUGCCCUGCUUUUCUUGGGUGUUUCGUAUCUUUAUUUUUCUUAUCAUCUGGAAAUUGGGGUUUGCUGGUUGGAA